GGCACCUGGGACCCGCUCCGUCCUCGGCGGCUCCUUCCUGGGGAAAUCGGGACGUGUCGGCUCCGCUCCCGGCCUUCUCUCCGCGCCAUGACCCCCAAACGCCAGUCCUCCAUCCUGCCCCAGCCGAAGAAGGCGAAGCAGAGCCCCGGCGCGAAGUCGGCCGACACGUCCUCCUCCUCGGGCGUGCCCAAAGGAGAAAAAGAACAGCAAGAAGCAAUUGAACAUAUCGAUGAAGUACAAAAUGAAAUAGACAGAUUUAAUGAACAAGCCAGUGAGGAGAUUUUGAAAGUAGAACAGAAAUAUAAUAAACUCCGCCAACCGUUUUUUCAGAAGAGGUCAGAAUUGAUCGCCAAAAUCCCAAAUUUUUGGGUAACAACAUUUGUCAACCAUCCACAAGUGUCUGCACUGCGGGUGGAGGAAGACGAAGAGGCGCUGCAUUACCUGACCAGAGUUGAAGUGACAGAAUUUGAAGAUAUAAAAUCAGGUUACAGAAUAGAUUUUUAUUUUGAUGAAAAUCCUUACUUUGAAAAUAAAGUUCUCCCCAAAGAAUUUCAUCUGAAUGAGAGCGGGGAUCCAUCUUCAAAGUCCACUGAAAUCAAAUGGAAAUCUGGAAAGGAUUUGACAAAGCUCUCCAGUCAAACGCAGAAUAAAGCCAGCAGGAAGCGGCAGCAUGAAGAGCCUGAGAGCUUCUUCACUUAGUUCGCUGACCACUCAGACGCCGGUGCAGACGAGCUGGGAGAGGUCAUCAAAGACGACAUCAGGCCAAACCCCUUGCAGUACUACCUGGUGCCUGACAUGGAUGACGAGGAAGGAGAAGGGGAAGAGGAUGAUGAUGAUGAUGAAGAGGAGCAAGGAUUAGAAGAUAUUGAUGAAGAAGGGGAUGAGGAUGAAGGGGAAGAAGACGAAGAUGAUGACGAAGGGGAAGAGGGAGAGGAGGAUGAAGGAGAAGAUGACUAAUAGAAAACACUGAUGGAUUCCAACUUUUUUUUUUUUUUUUAAAUUUUCUCCAGUCCCUGGGAGCAAGUUUGCAGCCUUCUCUCCCUCUGUGCUCAGUCACUCCAUUCUUGAGGUCUCUUUUUCUCAACACCAUGGUUCUCAACUUAUUCGGGGGGGGGGGGGGAUACCCUGCUCAGAACACAACAGGAAAAGAAUCUCCACACACCUGUUCUAAAUUCAUUUUUACCCCUGUCUCAACAAGAACUGUACGGAAUCAACGCCGCCGCCACCUGCUCUGUGGGAAACAAGAAGCCUCCGAUUCCUUGGCUCUGCUGAGGCCCAGGCCCUGUGUAGUAGUGCAUAGAUUCUAGCUUUUCUCCUCCUUUCUCUGUAUAUUGGGCUCAGAGAUUACAC